CGGAGGCGGGCGCACCGCUGCUUCUCAUUCAUUGUCUUGACAAGAGCAUCCUCAGCGGGCGAGUCCCCGGCUCCUCCAGCGCCUUCCUCCUCUUCCUCCUCCUCCUCCACCUCCGGCUUUUGGGGGGUCACUGUCCUCUCUCUGCAGCAGAAUGAGCCGGCAGGUGGUCCGCUCCAGCAAGUUCCGCCACGUGUUUGGACAGCCGGCCAAGGCCGACCAGUGCUAUGAAGAUGUGCGCGUCUCACAGACCACCUGGGACAGUGGCUUCUGUGCUGUCAACCCUAAGUUUGUGGCCCUGAUCUGUGAGGCCAGUGGGGGAGGGGCCUUCCUGGUGCUGCCCCUGGGCAAGACUGGACGUGUGGACAAGAAUGCGCCCACGGUCUGUGGCCACACAGCCCCUGUGCUAGACAUCGCCUGGUGCCCGCACAAUGACAACGUCAUUGCCAGUGGCUCCGAGGACUGCACAGUCAUGGUGUGGGAGAUCCCGGAUGGGGGCCUGGUGCUGCCCCUGCGGGAGCCUGUCGUCACCCUGGAGGGCCACACCAAGCGUGUGGGCAUUGUGGCCUGGCACCCCACAGCCCAGAAUGUGCUGCUCAGUGCAGGUUGUGACAACGUGAUCAUGGUGUGGGACGUGGGCACUGGGGCAGCCGUGCUGACGCUGGGCCCAGAGGUGCACCCAGACACGAUCUACAGUGUGGACUGGAGCCGAGACGGAGGCCUCAUUUGUACCUCCUGCCGCGACAAGCGCGUGCGCAUCAUUGAACCCCGCAAAUGCACCGUCGUAGCUGAGAAGGACCGUCCCCAUGAGGGGACCCGGCCGGUGCGUGCAGUGUUUGUGUCAGAGGGGAAGAUCCUAACCACGGGCUUCAGCCGCAUGAGUGAGCGGCAGGUGGCGCUGUGGGACACAAAACACCUGGAGGAGCCGCUGUCCCUGCAGGAGCUGGACACCAGCAGCGGUGUCCUGCUGCCCUUCUUUGACCCUGACACCAACAUUGUCUACCUCUGUGGCAAGGGUGACAGCUCGAUCCGGUACUUUGAGAUCACUUCUGAGGCCCCGUUCCUGCACUAUCUCUCCAUGUUCAGUUCCAAGGAGUCCCAGCGGGGCAUGGGCUACAUGCCCAAACGUGGCCUGGAGGUGAACAAGUGUGAGAUUGCAAGGUUCUACAAGCUGCAUGAGCGGAGGUGUGAGCCCAUUGCCAUGACAGUGCCUCGAAAGUCGGACCUGUUCCAGGAGGACCUGUAUCCACCCACCGCAGGGCCCGACCCUGCCCUCACGGCUGAGGAGUGGCUGGGGGGUCGGGAUGCUGGGCCCCUCCUCAUCUCCCUCAAGGAUGGCUACGUACCCCCAAAGAGCCGGGAGCUGAGGGUCAACCGGGGCCUGGACACCGGGCGCAGGAGGGCAGCACCAGAGGCCAGUGGUACUCCCAGCUCGGAUGCCGUGUCCCGGCUGGAGGAGGAGAUGCGGAAGCUCCAGGCCACGGUGCAGGAGCUCCAGAAGCGCUUGGACAGGCUGGAGGAGACAGUCCAGGCCAAGUAGAGCCCCGCAGGGCCUUCAGCAGGGUCAGCCAUUCACACGCAUCCACUCACUCCCCAUUCCCAGUCACACGGCAGAUAAAAAAAAUCAUAAUAAAAUGGCUUUAUUUUCUGGUA